CGUAAAGUAGACGUAACUAUUUCAAAUCGCUUACAACGAGUAUUUCUGCGCGACAAAAAGUGUUAUGCAAAUUUCACUUCAGAAGCACUUUAAAUCAGGGGCCGGUUGCACGAAGGCUGAAUGGUGCUGGACACUGGAUAGCAAUAUUUUUGAAGGCUUUCAAAAUUUCUGAAAAGGAAACAAUCUACGAUUUGAACUGGAAUAUCAUUGAAAUACAAUAUUGGCUCUACAAUAGCAAAGUUUCAUUAUUGUACAGAAAAUUUUACCACGUUUUUCACAAGUUUGAAAAAGUUCCUAUCCAAUGGAUAACAUUGUCCACGCUUCGUGCAACCGGCCCCAGAACCACAGAAGCCUUCUUUCUUGCGGCUGCAGUUUUUGCGCGUGCUCAAGAAAUGAUAAUUUGUCAUUGAUAACGUGACAAUCGAACGAAUUAAAUUAACAAAUUGUCGAAACAGAAAGCGCGCGAAGUUAUAUCAAGUUGUAGAGUCAUUUUCAACGAAGAGCCAUGAAAUUUUUAUGUCCAUGUUGCGGAGUAAAGGUCGUUCCAUAUGAAGAAGAUGACGAGCCUCGAUUGAGCAGCAAUUCUGCGGUCAAUACUGACAGAUUUCUGUCGAAGAACUUUGAUGAAAACGACAUUGAUGAAGAUUUUACGACGGCAUUGCGGGAGGUUAUUGUGGAUACAAUGGGUAAAUCGAAAGGGGAUCCGUCAACUUCAGGUAUGGCGAAUGGCAACUUUAUUCGGCCAUCCAUUCCAUUGCUUUUGUUUUCAUGGCUUCAACCAAUGGACAACUUAACAAACCCAAAGUUGUUCAGCAGCACGAGAGCAGUAGAGAAGGAACAGACGAGACACAAAGAAGCUGGAUGGAUCAUUCAUCCUUGUAGUUUAUUUAGAGUAUAUUGGAAUUUGUUGAUGCUGACAUUGUUGAUCAUGAACAUGUUUGCCUUGCCUGUGGUCAUAACGUUUUUCACCGACGAUAUGCCGUUAUCGUGGACCGUGUUGAAUAUCAUCUCCGACGUUUUCUUCCUCGCCGAUCUCGUGCUGAACUUUCGCACGGGUGUCAUCGUGAACGAUGUGAACCACAAAAUUAUCCUCGAACCACGAAAAUCAUAUUUGCGGACGUGGUUUCUCAUUGACCUACUUUCCUCUCUACCGCUGGACUAUAUUAUUUCCGUCAUCACUCGUCACAACUCACACUUGAUCGGAGCAUCGCGAGCUCUCAGAUUAUUGAGACUUGCCAAGCUUCUGAGCCUUCUGCGUUUGCUGCGCAUUUCCAGGCUUGUACGUUAUAUUAGUCAAUAUGAAGUGAUAUUCAAUUGGACGAAAUCCUGUAUGAGGUUUAUCCAUCUCGUCACAAUGCUCAGCUUGAUUAUUCACUGGAAUGCUUGUUUGCAAUAUAUUGUACCUUCGUUUAACGACUUUCCAACUGGUUCAUGGGUGACCAUCCAUGGUUUGCGAAACGAGACGUUGUCCACGAAGUACAUUUGGUCUUGGUUCAAGGCGAUGUCUCAUAUGUUGUGUAUCGGCUUUGGCCGUUACCCACCACAAACCGUCCUAGAUGUUAUUGUAACUAGUUUUAGCAUGAUAACAGGUGCAACUUGUUACGGCAUUUGCCUUGCCUACUGUAUAGCGGCCAUCCAGCAGACUGAUUCAUCGCGUCGACAUUAUCGGGAAAGAGUUCAACAGCUUGCUGAGUACAUGUCCUAUCGUAAACUUCCUAACGAGACACGUGAUAAGGUCAUGAAUUAUUUUGAUCACCGUUAUAAGGGAAAGUUUUUCAACGAACGAGAUAUUUUGAGUGAAGUCUCUUCACCUUUACGUCUUGAGAUUAUCAGUCACAAUUGCCGCGAUCUUGUUAAAGCAGUUCCGUUUUUCAAGCAGGCCAAUCCUCUCUUUGUCUCGGCCAUUAUCACUAAACUCAGUUUCGAGGUAUUUCUUGCUGGUGACGUCAUCAUUGAGGAGGGAACGGCUGGGACAGAGAUGUAUUUCCUGCAGGAAGGCUGUGUCGAAGUCAGAACAAACAACGUCACACAAGGCCAGCUGAAAGACGGUUCCUACUUUGGAGAAAUAUGUCUUCUUACGAACACUCGUCGUAUUACGAGCGUGGUUGCCAUGACAAUUUGCGACACGUUCGUGUUGAGUAAGGGCGAUUUUCAUGACGUUUUAGACGAUUUUCCAGAAAUGCGGGCGACUAUGGAGACAGUUGCCGAAGAACGCUUGAAAGAGAUCAAGGCGACGCGGACUCUGAAAAAAACUCGCCUAUUGCAUGACAGAAAUUUGUUAACAUCCGCUGACGGGUCUUUGGUGUAGUACGAUGUCAUGGUGUAGAUAGCUUGAAAAAGAAUAGAACUUUAGAUUAUAAGUUGCGCGAAUUCAAUAUCGUAAGCGCUUAUGCGAUGCAACAAGCUGUUGCAAAUUUAUAAAUUAAAAGCGGAGGGUUUGUAAUGGUUUUUAUUGCUUAUUAAGCGUUAAUUGCGUUGGAGCGGAGGCAAUUGAAUAUGCGAAUAAAAUUUAAAAGGUGUAUCGAAAAGAAAACCUGUAGAAAUUGACGUAUUGGGAUGAUUGCACCUUCUUGUGAAAAUAAAUUUGUAAAUUUUUUUGGGCUACGUACAUUAAUUACAUAUCUUUGUCGCAAA